AUCUGCCGUCAAUGGGCCGUCUCUUACGCGCGUGUGAACAGCAAGUACAAACUCUGGGAACGCGUACGAUCAAUACAUGGAUGUUUCACACAUGCAAAGUACAUGUACAUGUAGUACAAUAGUCCUGGGCAAGUUACUAGGCCAGGAGUAAAGUGACCCCGUGACGUUUUGCGAAUCAUCGCGGCACGAAAGUGGUGAACUACCAUGUAGACCGACGUUACCGACAUGUGUCCUUAAAGUGUUGUAACUUUCUUCAACAAGGCUAUUCAAAAUCAAGUGCCUGUCACAUCAUCCCACAUGGCUUUUGUCAGAAGGAUGCCCUGACUGUGAAAGGGAUCAUUGAGGCUGACCCAAAAAUGUGAUUCGGAAAGGUUUCAAAUGAAAAUGUGGAAAAAGUAGUCUAUCCUCUAUUUUGGAAAAUGGCUGAUGAGUACGAUCCAGCAUUUCCAACCGAAUGGAUUUAGUGUUGGAGACGCUUAAAGCCGAUUGUCUUGAAACAAGGUCUGUUUAAAGACAGGCAUACAUGUUGAAGUCGAAGUGGCAAAGUAAACUGAAUUUAGGUGGGUUGAUUUGGAUCAUAAACUAUUGUGUUGGCUGUCUUAAAGCGGAGAGAUGAAAGUGAGAUAUGUGUACAUGGAAUCGAGCUGGUCGACGAUUCAAAAGGGAAACUGACAUGCUGCAGGAUCCUCAAGGGAUUGCCACAUCUCCAGGGAGAGCUGGUAGCAGUUUAUUUCCAACUAUGGCACAAAAGAGUCCCCCAAAGUCAGACACGGUGUCUUCCACUGAUUCAGUGUUUCCAUUGAGGCCACACGACAUGACAAGAUCGGAAGCUGCACAAGAGAGCAGUUUAUCUUCUGAGAGUAAUCGGUUUCUGCCAGAUAUUGGGGGAAAAUUUCCGAACUUGGGGUCUGUUGCCUAUGCACAUUCUAAACCUAUGUUGGAAAAGGAAAUGGAAGAGUUUGAAAAGCUCAUGCACCUGGAGGUUGUCCCUGAUAAAGCAUCAGAUGAGCCAUGUCUUGAUGGUUCCUCUCUCUCUGAUGAUAAGCAGCCACAUGUAAAUAUUGGGGAUCAGUGUAUACAUGCUCUUAAUGAUCCUUUUGUCUCUGAAUCAAAUCCUAAAAAAGACUCGGCUGAAGUAAAAACAAUUAUUGAUUCAAAGACAGCUGAAGAAAAACUACCUAUAUCAGAGAAUGAACAUGAAAACGAGCGAUCAGAAAGAACCAGACAGGAACAGUCAGUAACAAAACUUAGCACAUCACCAACUGAAGUCACAGAGACCGAAAAAAAGCCAGCAUCCAUCCUAAAUAGAAAUAUGAAAUCCAAGAUACCAGAGAAUAUGAUGUUGCCCAGAUCUUUAAAAGUAAAUAGUUCUCCUGUAGACAAACUGGCAAAGGACACUAAACAACUUUAUACAGUUGCAACAAGACGAUUUGGUGUUGACAAGGAAUCUUCAUUGGCCAAGAGGUCAUCCAAGCAUAAAAGCAACCUAGGGAACUCAAAUGGAAUUGUGCAAGAUCCCCCAUCCUGUAAACUUCAGCCUAACAGGGAAGGAAUUCAGCUUUCUGCCGAAUCGGUCUCUUCCACAAAAAAGCCAGUAGUAGAGUGGAUGAUGGGAUUUGUCAGAAAGGAUACCAUGAACACAACCCAUUCAGGAAAUGAUCUAUGGGACUUGGAUGUGGAUAUGAUACGUUUUACUGAAAUUCCACCAGUAAUGCUUCCUCCAAAAAAUUAUUUGCUGCAGUGUAAUUACACACCAGGUGCAGAUGAUAGCAAGCAGCCCCAUGAUCUGGCUCCAGCAGCUUCCUGUUCAAAGCCACUGCCUGAAACUUCACAUCAAGAUGCAAGCUUACUAUCUGAUUCCACACCAGCUGCUGAGUUGGAUGCUGAAACGUCAGAAGUUGCAUCAGUUAGAGCCAAGGAUUACUCAAAAUCAGAUAUCCAAGGUAAUGCCUCACCAUUUGCUUCAGAAUAUGAGACAUCCCAAGAAACAAGGGAAAUAACAGGGCAGGUCAGUCUCCAGGUGGCUCAAAUGAAAAACACUUGGUCCAGUGAACCUUCAGAACAUGAAAUCAGAGAAAUUAAACUGCAGAGCGAUUCAAACCAACACUCAACGUCUACGACAUCUGUCAGUACUGAAGGCACAAAUUCCAAAGUACCACCAUUAGAUAAGCAGUCUUUAAAUGAGGAGUCUCAUCAACAAGAUUCAUUGAAGAGGGAUGGGAAUAAUUGGUCAAGUGACAUUUCACCAUUCCCGACCAACAAAACACAAACUGAAGUACAUGUAAUGUCACAGAAAUUGUAUUCAGGAGAUUCCGUUGGUGAUUGUGAAAGGGAGGUAGACAAGGUUUUGCAGAGAGAAUCAGUUUCGUUUGAGGUUAAAGAGUCCAAACUACACUUACCAACAGGAAUGUCUUUGGCAUGCCAAUCAAGCAUAUCAGAUUCUUUCAAUGAAGGAUUGUUCAAGACUGUUCAAACUUAUGAGGAAGACACUAGUUCCCUACAAGAUGCUCCUGAAGACAGAGAAUCUCAGAGUGUGGCCCAAAAGAGUGAAACUUCUAAGCAGAAAAAGAAGUCAUUGCGAGGCAGCAAGGGAAGAUGUGGAACAGAUGAAUCAAAUGUUGAAGUUGUGCCCACUCGUAGGAGCAUACGCCUUCGUUCAAUAGAAAAAAGAAAACUUACUGAAUCACCCAAAGAAUUUACAGAAACAUCAGUGGUGUCAAGUAGAAAACGCCAAUGGUCUUCACAUAAUUCAGAUGGAUCUCCACUAGAUGAUACGUCAGAGUCCUUCGUUGCCAAAAAGUGUGCCAGUUGUGACCCAGUCAAAGAAUCAAAAGAGGGUCCUUCAUCUGGUGAAAAAAUGAUAACUACAUAUACAGAAUUGGACAAAGAGGAUAGGAAUGCAAAAUGUGAAGCUGUCAGGGAUGAAGUCCAAAAGAAGACAAUUGCUGAAACUGUUCAAGAUGACUCUGUUACUCAAAUAUUGUCAAAUGAUACCAAAUCUCCGAACAUGCCCUUGUCAGCUGUAUCACCAGAUACCCAGGGGCUUUCAACAGUUACUCAGGAAACCCCUUUUGCAGACACUGGUAAUGAUGUGGCUCCUGUUAAUGGAACUGACAAAGAUGUCAGUUCUUGUGAUGUGACUUCAGAGCUCAUUCUUUGUCAUGCUGAUGAAGUUAAAGAUAUUUGUACGUUUGAGGCAUUAACCUCUGAUGUGAAUUUGGCAAGUCAAGCCAUUCCUUCAGUAGAUGUAUCCAAAACAAGUCUUACAUCUGAGUUUGUGAUCUAUGCGGAUAUGUCAUCACCAUCAAGUCCUGAAGUAACAACUGCAGCAAUCAAUAACCCUGUAACUACUGGGCCAACAAUCUUGUCAGCUUUCAUUCCAUGCACAAGUAAAGACACAACCGAAAAUGGCCACUGCAGUGCAGAAGUAGAUAUGCUGCAUAGUCCCCCAACAUUGUGUACAACAUUGGCAACAGAUGACAGCAUUGAACCAAAUCAGAAUGCCGAACCAGAAAGUGUGGAAAUAAGUCAAAAGACCAACAUGGAAGUUCAUGGUAUCUUGGACAAAGACAAACAAAGCAGUCCAUUGGAAGCUUCUGAAGAUAAAGUUUGGAAACUAUCGGUCAACAAAAAUAAUGAUGAGUCUAAAGGACAGGAUGGGAAACACAUACAUGCCCUGAGCAAAGAUGAUGGGAAAGAGGAACUGACAUUGGAAAAACACUUAAAUAUGCCAAAUAUAGUCAACAAGAAUCGAGUGUUGGAUUCAAUUCAGCCUACAGCAGUGGAUAUUGGUCAUGUGCAGGCAAGCGGUGUGACCCCACGAACUCAGCAACAGGAGUGUCUUGGAUAUGUUGAUUUUGUAGCUAAGAACCCGUUUUUUAGCCACUCAGAUGAAUUCACUUGUGAUGUAUGGGAAGAGAAUUUUGCAGAUCCUGAUGAUGUUACUGUGAAACCACGACCAUGCAGAAAGGAAAAAGUGGAACUUCAUCAGUCUGAGGCUCCAUUACAGCUUCAUGAAAGUGCUGCUGACAGUGAGACAAAGCAGUCAUCCGAUGCUACUACCACUUCUACUCAAGAUGUGGAUGUGAGUUUGAAGGCAGUCCUAGAGGAAAAAGUGAUUGAAAGCCCAUCUGAAGAAACCAAAGAACAUGCAAGCAGCAGCCAAUCCUGGGGCAUUAUCACAGGAGAUGAGAUCCCUGCAUAUGAAAAUAUUCCAGAAAAUUGUUACGUGUCAGAGAGAAAAAAAUCUAAAGCAGGGAAAGAAGCUCGUCGGAUGAUAUGUGACUGCACAACGUCAAAGUCUGAACGUGCCCGUGGUAUUCCUGCAUGCGGAGACGAUUGCUUGAACCGACUGCUGUUGAUAGAGUGUACCUCAAGAUGUCCAUGUGGUGACUACUGUACUAAUAAAAGGUUUUCAAAGCGUCAAUAUGCAGAUGUUGGUGUGUUUUAUGCUGAAAACAAAGGACAUGGUCUAAAGACGAAAGUAGAUUUGAAAUCACAUGAGUUUGUGAUGGAAUACUGUGGGGAAGUGCUCAACUACACCGAGUUUAAGUCACGUGUAAAGCGAUACAACAAAGAUAACCAACGGCAUUUCUAUUUUAUGGCCCUGCGAGCUGAUGAGAUUAUUGAUGCCACCAUUAAGGGCAACAUGUCUCGAUUCAUCAACCACAGCUGUGAUCCCAACUGUGAAACUCAGAAGUGGACUGUAAAUGGUCAAAUUCGUGUUGGCUUUUUCACGAAGAAGUUUAUUGCUGCUGGAACAGAGUUAACAUUUGACUACCAGUUUGAGCAGUACGGUGAGCAUGCACAGAAGUGUCUGUGUGGUUCGACAAAUUGCCGUGGCUUUAUUGGAAAGCAGAAAAGAACAUCAAAAGCAACGGGCAAGGAUGCAACACCUAAGAGAAAAGAAAAUUUGGAUCGCAGACGCAAGGAGAGCUUUGAAGAUGCUUCUCUGGAUGAUGAGAUUGAGCAGCUUUGUUCUGAGCUUGAUGGAGGAGGCUUGAGGACCAACGAUCAAACAUUAACACUUGCUCGACACAUGGUGCUGGCUGAAACAACACCACUUAGACUACAACUUCUUAAGAUCUUAGAGGACACGACAGAUGAGACAUGCUUGAAACAUUUCCUGACCCAUCAUGGAUUGAAGCUUUUAUGGAGUUGGAUGGUAGACAUCGGUGAUAAACCUGAGCCCGAGUUGAAAAUGGAGAUUCUCCACACCCUCAUGAAGUUACCCAUACCUCACAAGAAUGCAUUAGAGGAUAGCAAGAUCUUCUCCAUGGUUGAAAGGUGGUCAAAAGCUAGACAUGCCUCUAAAGCAGAAACUGAGGUAGAAGAUUCAAGUGCAAGUGAAACUCUCUCUCGUUGUGCUACACCUGUCUCCCUCACAAUUGCCAGUCGCAACACACCCACUGACAUGGUGAAACUAACAGACAGUCUGAAUUCAGAGAGUGACGGUGAUUUGGACAAAGCUCCUUUGAAACAGCCAGUCAUGGUUGAGAUGCCCGAGAAUGCUUCGGCAUUUCCCAUACAGUGUGAGAAGAUUGAAACAGUAGCUUAUGAGAUUGAUCAGAAAACUGAAGUUGAUAGCAGUACUUCUAUUGUUGAGGGAAUGGAUUCAUCACAAAGUGUCCUUAAAUCACCAGUGUGUUCGGAGUCUUCUAGUGUGACACAGUCUGAAAUUGUGAGCCAGUCAGUUGAGUCUGUUAAGAUAAAAGCAACAGUUGAGGUUGAAGCCAUGAAGCACUGUAGUGUUACAACAGAUGAGUCUCAAAUGCCAGCAACCAUGACCUCAGAAACACAAUCAGACUCACUUGUCACCUCAGUAUCUAACCCUGAAUCUGAUACAGUCACCAAUACCAAGAGCUCUUCCCCAGAAGGCAGCAGUGCAUCACAGAUUGUUGGUGACUGUGGAACAUUGACUGAAACAAAAAAUACCUCAUUAGAACCACCAACCGAGCCAACUAAUCUAGAAGAAGGAGAGCUGCCUUGUGAACAGACUGAGCUGAAAUCAGAAGAUAAGGACAAGAGACAAGCCAGCUGCAAGCAGGAUAUUGGAUCUGAUUCUGAUUUAGCUGAUGCUGGAACAAAAGUUGAUAAAACAGCAGGAAUUGCUUCAGUAGCUGGAAAAUUGUUGGAAGCAUGGAGGUCUUUAAAGGAAAUCUACAGGAUACCUAAAAACAGAGAUCGUGAGCGGGAUCGAGAUUACACCGAGAGAGAUCGGGAUAGAGACCGUGAUAGAGGGCAUGAUAGAGACAGGCGAUAUGGCCGGGAUAGGGAGUAUGAUAGAGAUUAUGAUAGAGACAGAGACAGGGACAGAGACAGACAUCGUGAUAGAGAGAGCAGAAGGGCACGUAGUCGGGAACGUGACAGGUACCAUGAUAGGGAUAGAAAGCGAAGCUGGGACAGGAGAGAAGACAGGAAGAGGCGUAGUCGAUCAGCCAGCAAAGACAGAGAAGACAAGCAGCCUGCCCAAACUACAGAGAAAAAGGAUGCAGACACAUCAAAAGGAACACUUCCAAAGCUGAGAAAGCCCUGGAAGAUUGAAGCAGCAACCAAAACUGAAGGAUCACAAGGGAAACAGGCCAAGACUGACAGGCCUGGGCUUUCUAAAGAGGAAAGGAGGCAACGCUUUGCGAAACAGGUGGAGCAAGCAGAUAUGGAGGAAGAAUUGCGCAAACGACAGGAAGAGGAAUUUUUGAGGCAGCAUCCACAUUUUAUAGAUGAAGAUGGACAAAUUCAUUUUGUGGAUGCAAAUGGCUUUCCAAUUGCACCUCCAUUUGAUGGAGAAUCAAAUCAUCCCAUGAUGCAUAUGAUGCACCUUAACCAGGGAGUUCCCAUGGAACAUACUACUGUACCUCCAGAUGGGGUUUUCCCACACCAAAUGAACCAAAAUCAUCCUGGUUAUCAUGACAUGAUUCCACACCCUCAAGAGAUGGUACCAGUAGAUGAGAAUGGAAUGCCCAUACCAGUGCAUGGACAACCAGCAUUUGAGAACUCACAACCUGAUAUGGGACUACCACAGGAUGCACUCAUGCAUCACCCACAUGGAUUGGAGGGGCCACCACACGUUGUACCUGCUGAGGGAAUGCAUGUUAUAGCAGACCAAGACCUUCAGGGUUGGGAGCCUACCCCACCUCAAGGCCAUCACCCUCAGACAGUACUACCACAGUCUCAGUUCAGGGUACCUGCUCCACCAGGCCCCAAUCCAAACCAUAUACCUGUAGUUUCUGGCGUACCUCAUCCUAAUUACACGGUACCUCAGCAACCCCAGUCCCAACUGCAUCAGGUACAGUCAGCAGCACUUCCAGCACAGCCACAUGUUAUUCAGCAACAGGUAGUACAGCCACAGCCUAAGCCCACUGCUCCAGCACAGACAGUGACCUUUGUGACCCCUGAUGGAAUGCUCGUCACACAGACCAUUAUGCCACUUAACACGGAAAGCAAUGUCCAGACAAAUAUCCAUCAGGCACAGCAAAUUCAGCAGCAGUUGAACCAAGGCAUUCCAUCACCACCCUCCAAGCCAAAGACACAGCAGCUGCCCCCUAAUUGGAGAACGGCUAGAGACCAAGAAGGCAAGAUCUACUACUAUCAUGCUAUCACAAGACAAACCCAGUGGGAUAUGCCUAGCUGGGAUGGAAAUGCCCCAGUUCUUGGAGGGCCUGAGACAGAUAUGGACCUUGGCACACCUACCUAUGAUGAGAAAUCCAAGAAGCGGACAACUACAGCUGCUGCAGAUACAUCCAGUGAAUUGGCAAAACGAUGCAAACUGCAGUUCAGAUCUAAAAUGUCUCAUUAUGUGAUAAGCUGCCUCAACACCUAUCGUAAACCAGACUGUAAGGUGGGAAGAAUUACUAGCACAGAGGACUUCAAACACUUAGCACGCAAGUUAACGCAUGGCAUCAUGGACAAGGAGCUGAAACACUGCAAGAAUUUUGAGGACUUGGAAGUCAACUCUAAUGUCAAGCACAAAGCUAAAGAAUACAUCAAGAAAUACAUGAUGCACGUUGGUCCAGUCUACCACAAAGAUGAUUAGGAGUGUAAGAAGUUUGACCAGGUCCAGGCUUAAUACUGCAAAGUAGUUUGACUCCAAAUUUGUAAAUGCCUGAGAUGCAUUUUAACACAUUAAAACUUUCUAAUGAGUUUUCACUCCAAUUGAUGUGGAUUUCUGUUUGCUCUUCAGAUGCACUCAAUUCUUUUGACUGGAAAUAAGUCAUACUUCAAACUGUCAUUAGGAAUUAUAAUAGACAGUAGACCUAUAGCAUGCCUGCCAACUGUUCCAAAUUCGGAGCCGUUCCGAUUUUGCUUUAGACCUAAAAAAAAUUGGAACGUUCUGAUUUCCAUAAAGGGGAAAUAAAAAGUUUUGUCAAAAGAGAGUGUUGCUUUUAAAAAGAGGGUACUGUUUGCUGUGUCAAAUUUGCAGUUGUUACAUAUACAUGUAUGUACAUGUAAAUAACUUCUCUUGCAUAGCUGCUUGUUUCAUUCACCAUGGGUGAGGUAAAAUGAGUAUACCGAGUUCUGACUUCUCCAUGUUGGCAAGUAUGCUAUGUGUAUAGCCAGAAACCGGCCAUGCAUCAACUUGUUGAAUAGUUAUUGAGGAUUGCUAUUACCCCUGCUUUUGCCAGUAGCCAAAUCAUUUCAUAAUUGUCAUGUGAGUAAAUGGCUUCAUAGAGAGCAGGGGGAAAUAUACAUGUAGUCUAAUAGAUGGACUUUGAGAAUGAAGUGCUAGUACCUCUCAACUCGUUUUCCUUUUCAGUGCUGCAGACCAUUGUUUGAUAUGAAGCCAUUGACUGCCAUGAAGAUGUUUUAUAGAUGUUUUGUAUCUGUUUAUAUACUGAAUGGUACUCCACUUUGGCCAACAUUGCAUUUAAAAAUCAAGCACUGAGUAGUGGAUGAAAUUAUGUUGAUUACAGUGGGCAAAUGCCAUUUAUGCAUUAAUGUAAUUGAUGAUUUCAGGAGCAAUGUUGGUACUAUAAAUAUCAACCCUAUCUUUUGCUACUCUCAUCAAAUAGAUCAGUAUUUUCAAGUUCAUCAGAAGCCUGCAGAGCAAGGGUUGCGUCUGAUGUCUUUUGUUCUACUGUGUGUAAUUGUUCAAUGUGGGAUCCUUCCAUACAUGUAGUCUUAUCGCUGUCCCUCGCAUCUCCGCUUUGCGUGCCAUGCAUCCUGUUACUUCCAGUCUUAGCCUUUUGUCAGGAUGUACCUGUUGAUAAAGGGGUACAUACAGGGUUUUUGUUUUAUUUCUGACUGCCAGCCACAUGGACAAGAAUAUUUGGUGCCAUGUUUGCAUUUUAGCAGUAAAAUUGUGUAAAUUGCAGUAGCAGUGUGGAAAAACAUUUGCAUCUUUGUUGUUUUUCAGGGGAGCUAUGUAAAAUGACAUGAUGCUUUGUAAAUAUAAAUAUUUAACACCAGAAGGUUGUCAAAAGCAGUACCACUGGUUUAGACUUUCACAACACUCCAAUUAGUCCGUUGUAUAUCAUUAGGUACCAAUUUGUUUUGACCCCUGCAUUUUUACAGUCUGAGAUCUCUCUGUCAUGGGUGCGAGUGAUCUUACAAGUAUUAGCAUUGAGUGUCUCAUUUUAGUAUGUUCCAAUGAUUAUUAUUGAUGCCAAAAAGGCACAAGCUGUUAAACUGCAUGCUUGAUUUUUUUGGAAUUAGGUGUUAAAAAUUCUGCACAAAACAGACUUUUUUCCCUCUCAUGUAAAACCGCAAGCACGAAGACAAUCCAUCAUCUUCAAAUUAAAUUAUAAGCACUUGUGUAUUGCGUCCCGGCAUAGUAAUGUGGAAUUAAUUGGAUAACUUUGUUUACGCGUGGCCGUGUGACAGGAAUUACCUGAUACUUCAUUUUCAGAAGUUACGGGCAUUUCAUCAUGAAACUACAUAAUUUAUAUAGAGUAUGCUUCAUUGUGUAUUACUCACGUUACUCAUAGUACCCCGCUGCCUCGUUUCAAACUAGUGACAGCUUUUUCCAUCAUUGCAAAUACAUAUUGAGGUACCUUCCAAUAUGCAUUCAGCGUUGUGGGAAAAAAUCAAGCAUGUCACCAUACAAUCUUAGAAAACCAUUUCUUAGUUUUUUUUUUCAUUAUUAUUACGUUUAUCAGUGAAUGCCCUCAUAUUUCGGAUGUGGAGAUAGCGAUAUACUUUGUGAAGAUAGUUGGGUCCUGGUUCAAUUCUGUAAAAUAAAUGAACCUUUCCCAGACACUCAAGUGCUCUUGUAGUGUAUGCUAAGUUAUGAGUAGAUAAGUCGAGUUGCUCGAGUAGUGUGCCCACAUCCUCACGUGAAUUGCAUAUUUUAUUUAUCGUCUCGUGAAGUUGUCUUAUAUUAGCUCAGUACUACACAUGCCUAUUAAAUCCUUUUUGGUUUUGUCAGACGAAAUGCUACCUUGGGCCAACCUAGUAAUUGAGAAGUUUUUAUACCACGUUAAGUUUUAACAUAUACAAACUCCGAGAAAACGGACAGUUGUCCCAUGUCCGUACCCGCCAUGGUUGGCCAAUUUACUUUCACAAUUUUAUCACCCAGAGCAUAAUCCCUCAGAGGAAGUGUCAGUGUUGUGAGAAGUCAUUCCAUUCACGUCAAUUUCUGCGCACUGGUCAAAUGACCAUUUUGUCCAUAAUGCUACUAGACAAUUCUACUAGAAUCCAGCUGGCUGUGUGGUACGAUGUCAUGUCAUUUGUUUGCAUCUUUUGUAGAAUUUAGCAAAUUAGAUCUGAUGUGUAUAUAUGUAAAUCUGUAUCUUUCAUCGAAUUAUCGUCAGACUUGUUCUUUUACUUUAUCUUUUGAUUUUGAAAUUAGUUCUCUUUUUUACUAGUGGUUUCACGGAGGUUUAUUAUUUCCUAAAUAGAAUCUGUGUAUUGCCUAUAUUUCUACAAUUAAUUUGGGCAUAAUACAUGUACAUGUUAAUAAAGUCGCUUGCGACACGAUUUGUAUUGUAUCUAUAAAA